GUUUUUUAAUCUUUAAAACAUAUGGGCACCGCCACGUAUGCCAAUGCCAGAACUCGAUAUCAGGCGGAACCGAGAAGACUUUGCCCUUCAGCUUUCUCUAGAUUUCUGCUGUUUUUUUCUUCUGACCUGAAAUCUUGAAACUCAUUCUGGAAAUAGCUCGAUUGAGUCGAAGAGAUGGAAAAGAAAAGCAAAAGAAGAAGGGUACUACUGUCAUCUUCAGUGAUGGCUUUCUUCUUUAUUGUAUUGGUUGCAAAUUUCCAGGGCUCUUUCUCUGCUGCUAGUCAAACACCCAAACCCAGCAAGAAAAAGUCAACCCAGCCUACUAGUUUUGGCUCCUCUCUUCUUCUUCCUGUUGCUGGAAAUGUUUAUCCUCUUGGGUACUAUUCUGUGUCCCUCAAUAUAGGCAAUCCCCCCAAGCUUUUCGAAUUAGAUAUUGAUACUGGCAGUGACCUCACUUGGCUCCAAUGUGAUGCACCUUGCACUGGUUGUACACAGCCUCUUGAUCGCCUUUACAAGCCAAAAAACAAUGUAGUGCCUUGUGCUGACCCCUUAUGCAGCGCCAUCCACUCAGGAGGAAAGUUUCAGUGUGAGUCUUCUAAUGAUCAAUGUGAUUAUGAGGUCCAGUAUGCUGAUGAUGGUUCAUCUCUUGGGGUGCUGGUCUUAGACUACUUUCCCCUAAGAUUAAUGAAUGGCUCUCUCCUCAGACCUCUAAUGGCCUUUGGGUGUGGAUAUGAUCAAAAGAAUCCAGGCUCACUCCCACCACCUCCCACAUCAGGGGUCCUUGGCCUUGGCAAUGGCAAAACAAGCUUUGUUUCACAACUGCAGGACCUGGGUGUAAUAAAGAAUGUGAUAGGACACUGUUUGAGUAGGCUGGGGGGAGGAUUUUUAUUUUUUGGAGAUCAUCUUGUCCCUUCUUCGGGAAUCAGUUGGACACCAAUGACCCGCAGUUCAUUGGACAAACACUACACAUCAGGACCAGCAGAACUUCUUUUUGGUGGAAAGUCCACUGGCAUAAAGGGACUAGAAUUGAUUUUUGACAGUGGGAGCUCUUAUACUUACUUCAGUGCCCAAAUUUACCAAAGCACACUUAAUUUGAUUAGGAAAGAUCUAUCUGGAAAGCCAUUAAAAGAUGCACCAGAGGAGAAGGCCCUCUCAAUCUGCUGGAAAGGUGCAAAACCCUUCAAAUCUGUUAGUGAUGUCAAGAGCUACUUCACGCCCUUAGCACUAAGCUUUACAAAAUCUAAGAAUGUUCAGCUGCAAUUACCACCUGAAGAUUAUCUUAUUGUCACGAAAAAUGGAAAUGUGUGCUUGGGGAUUCUUAAUGGCAGUGAAGUUGGACUGGAAAACUUUGAAGUGAUUGGAGACAUUUUUUUCCAAGAUAAACUGGUGAUAUAUGACAAUGGUAAUCAUCAGAUCGGCUGGGUUCCUGCAAAUUGUGACAGACUUCCCAAGUCCUGAGCCAUUCUCUAGUAAUAUUCUUCCUUUGAUGCAAUUUUGCUGGAGGGCUUUCUCACUGGGAUUUUUUUUUUGCUCAUGUUUAUUGACAGUGUGGACCGUGAUUAUAAUGAAUGUGUUUGUCAGCCUUAUGCUACUAAUUACGUUAUCCUAGAAGGGCAUUGUCCAUCGCCAUAAGCUACUGUGAAGACCAUUAUCAACACAAAACAUUGCACCAAGAUAUAUAAGGCAAAAAUAAAUAGCUUGUUGGCAUUA